GGCCAACAACACUGCUUUACCCCGGCGGGAAUCAUUGACAAUGGCUGUCAAAGGUGCGCACGCCAGGCGAGGCCCUCCUAGGAGAAAGCUGCCGAAAUUUGAAACUUCUCGAGUGCAGGACCUUGAUCAAGAUAAUUCCCCAAGCGAGGGGCCAGAUGCUUUUGACAACGAGUCGCUAGACGAAGCUAGCGAUGCGGAGUACUCGGUAGUUUCAUCCGAUAGCGCGGAAGAGGAAAGACUGACCGCGAAACCCUACAAUGCCCUCCUUCAGCUGCUGAAUGUUGGCGCAGAUCCAAAUGGGCCAGCCAGGAAGAAACGAAAGUUAAAACAUAAGAAUAAAGAUAAUGGCAAGGAAGACCAAGUGGACAAGGUGAAGAGAUCGAUACCAAGAGAGGUCGACUCGGAACUACAGGACGAUCUAGACGUCAAGGAGGCAUCAGAUGAUGAGAGCGAAAGUGGGGAUGAAAACGAUGGAAUUGACGAAGCUGAUCGUGACGCAGCCGCUGGUUCUGACCCUUUCGAAGCACACUUUUCUCAGCCCGAUGAAGCUCGGUUAUCCAAACGGAUCGAAGCCUCUACCAAAACAUGGCAAACAAGCAAGCAUCAACUCUCUUCCGGCAUGCGAAUUACGGCAACAUAUCCAUACGCGGGCAAUGAACAGUCCUUGGCUCUGCCUCCCUUACAUAGCUUAAAGGAUUUGCCACUCAAACGCAAGCUAUCGGAAACCGCAUCGGAGCACAUGUCACAAAUUAACGCCCAAAAUAGCAGCAUCGCACCCUAUAUUUUUGGCUAUUAUGACAUGCUCUAUGGUGCCCGAACUACGGAAAAUGCAGCCAGCCUGAGAGACAUGUACUGCCUGCAUGCAUUGAAUCACAUAAUUAAAACUCGAGAUCGAGUGGUUAAGAAUAAUUCGCGUGUCCCUAAAGAAGGAGAAGACGUUGAAAUGAGAGAUCAAGGCUUCACGCGGCCUAAAGUUCUGAUCCUGCUCCCUACCAGACAAGCUUGUGUGCGGGUCGUAGAUUCAAUCUCUAAGUUUUAUAGAGCCGACCAGCAAGAAAAUAAAAAGCGAUUCUUAGAGACGUUUUCUGAAACCGAUGAUAAGUCCUGGGAAGACAAACCUGAAGACUUCCAGGAGCUAUUUGGUGGUAACGAUGAUGACAUGUUCAGGCUCGGUCUGAAGUUCACCAGGAAAACGAUGAAAUAUUUUACCCAAUUCUACAACUCCGAUAUCAUCCUCGCGAGUCCACUCGGCUUGCGAACUGCAAUGGAAAAGGAAGAUGGGAAGAAGCAAGAAUAUGAUUUUCUGUCAUCUAUUGAACUGGUCGUUGUCGAUCAUGCUGACGCCCUUCUUAUGCAGAACUGGGAUCACGUUGAAUAUGUGUUCUCGCAUUUGAAUCUGCAACCAAAAGCAGCCCAUGGGUGUGAUUUCAGUCGGGUCAGAACAUGGUACCUUGAUGGAAACGCCAAAUACCUCCGCCAAACACUUAUUUUCACAUCCUUCAUGUCUCCUGAAAUUAACUCGGUCUAUUCCACCUACGCUCAAAACGUGUCUGGAAAAGUCAAAAUAAACACCACAUAUCAGGGCGCGAUUCUCGAUCUACCCGUUCCAGUGCCCGUCAAACAAACUUUCUCGCGUUUCGACUCUCUGUCUCCCGUCAAGGACCCAGAGACUCGGUUCAAGUAUUUCACCAACACCGUUCUUUCGUCCCUCGCGAAGAAUUGGUCUGGCUCCGGAAAGUCUUCUGCCUCAGGGACCCUGAUUUUUAUACCCUCGUAUCUCGACUUCGUUCGUAUUCGGAAUUACCUUGCCACUUCCUCGCAAACCACCAAUCUCUCAUUUGGCGCAAUCUCGGAGUACACUUCUGUCCGCGAUGUAGCUCGCGCCCGAAGCUAUUUUAUGAAUGGCCGCCAUUCUGUACUUCUCUAUACAGAGCGUUUACACCACUUCCGCCGCUACAAGAUCCGCGGUGUUAAGCGCGUGAUCAUGUACGGUGUGCCCGAUAACCCUCUAUUCUACGGGGAGAUUGUGGCUUUCUUGGGACUGGACCCCUCUGCGGUUGGGGAAGCAGCAGAAAAAGGCGUGCGUGCUCUGUUUUCGAAGUGGGAUGCGCUAAAGUUAGAGAGAGUCGUAGGGACGAAGAGGAUAGGAAGCAUGAUGAUGGAGAAGGGCGGAGAUACUUUCACCUUUACAUAGAUAAGUGGUAUGUUCCCUGGGCGCCUGUGCUGGACUUGGAGUCUGCGAAGAGCCCACGUAGUAUAAUAUGUAUGUU